UUCGCGAACGUUACUUUUCGUGAAAUUCCUAAGUUCCUCGUCUUUUGUUCGUAUGUUAAGAGUUGACCAAGAUUUCGUGAAUUUGUGGGGUGAUAUAAACUGUGGACACAUAGUUGUAGUAUAGACGUAGACUUUGGCGUGGACGUGUUUUCUAUUUUUUGUGCUUUGUUUGAGAACGCGUGAAACUCGAUGGAAAGGAGGCGAAGGAGGAAGACAAUUUGGGGGAGCUGAGCAAUGUGGCAGAGCCCUCAACUCCUCUAAUCAAACCAGUAGACUUGUGUUUUUGUUACGGGUAAAGUGUGGUUUUUUGGAAUUUCCUUCAUAACAGCUAUGGAGGGUGAGAAGGAGAGACAGAGGCAGCAGCGGGAGGAGAAAGAGAGUAACGAGGCGGAAGACAAUAGAAAGAGUGGUGAUGACACUGACAACAGAGAGGAGGAUGAUGAAGAUUCGGAAGGUGCUGCACUGGUUUGGCAGGAAGGCUAUGGUGAGGACAAUCUGGGACUUCCCAUCAUGCACUGGGAAGCACUGAGCCUGCGCAUCGCUGAGCUGGAGAAGCAAGAAGAGGAGAAGAAGGAGAAAAAGGCAAAGAAUGGAGUUUCCCUGGAGCGUGGCAGAGCUCCAGUGAGCUGGACGGAGGAGAGAGGCAGGAGAGCAGAGAGCUGGGAGGAUGGAGACGACGCCUGCAACAGCCACGUGCUGGCACUGACCUCCCGCCUGCAGACACAGAUGAAUCUUCAGCUCUGCUUCAUCAACAACAGUGAAAGUGAGGAGGAGGAAGAGAAGGAAGGAGAUGGGAGCAAGAAGGAAGGCUCAAACACAUGGAGAGGGAGUGUUCAGGUUCAUAAGAAUCCUCAGCCUGCCUCCAAGCCGGAGAAACCAAAAUCCAGAGGCUUCAGGAACACUCUAAGGAACCUACGAGACAGGCUGAGAACAGACCACAAAACACUGACUGCAGCUCAUAGUGGUCCUGUAAUCCAGAGGAGACAUUUGGAGUGCAGUGAUUUACAAAGCUUUAGUAUCAAGGAGCUAAAUGGUCUUUGUUCAUCUCUUAGCCAAACCAUACAAGACCUGAGCUCAGAUCUGGUGGGUCGCCUCCAGGUCAGAGACCAGCUGAGGACAGAGCAGGACGCCAUGCUGCUGGAGGUCCAGGAUCUUACAUCACUAUGAAACUGCUGAUCACUCCCAGCUGAAGGUCACCUAUCGAACAGCUAGGACUGGUGAUGUCACACAAACCAUCUGUGAACAUUAUUCUGAAUAAGACAAUGACACAGUGGUCCCCACAUGCUCUCAAUCGGACCAAAGUUUUAGUCUGUCUAACCAACCACUAAGAAGACUCUCAAUCCCUGAAAAGACUUGGACAUUCGCUUGCACAGUAUUUUUCGUGUUAUUGUCAAUGUUUUGUGGUUAAAAGGGAAAGUUGGUUUCACUGACCGGUAGUUAUAAACUCACAUGUGAGAGAACCAUUACAAAGCUACACAUCCGAGGCAUGUUAAUGGUGAGGAAGCCUUACGGUACAUGAAACUGAGCUGAAUUGCAUGCUAUAACAUUAAUUGGACCUGCUUUGUAACUUUUGGCCAGCCACCUGCAAUACUCUCUAAAAUGUUGAACAAAACCCGCCCAACCUGUGUGUCAACCGCACUUCACUACUACAUUUGUACAUUGUGUUUCUUUUUCUUUGUGUUCAUCUGGUCAAAAUUUCCAUCUUUACUCAGUCGCUUUACUCAGGUGUUCACAUUGAUUUCAGCCUGUGCUGAUGAUUCCCAUUAAUUUACAAAAACAUUGGGAGGUGAAAUGUUGAGAAACAUCAUUUAACCUCCUCAGAAAAAGAAGAAAGUAGGGUAUUUAAUGUUCACACUUAGUCUGAACAGACGUCUACUUAAUAACCCAAAACCCUUGUCAAUUGUACAUGUUUUAUUAUUUGCUGGUGGAGAAGAAAGAGUUUAACUUGGUAAAACCUUCAUAUAUUAACUCAUAACAGAGUAAGACCGCUCCAUCCAGUUUAGGUAAAUGCAGGAUAAAAGGGGCCAGAUCAAUCAAAUCACUGGUUUGUUGGACACAAAGACAUGACACAGAUACUGACCCAAACAUUUGAAUUCACUGAAAGGAUCCUGCACGUACACAAGAACACGCUGGUGAUGUGGACAAUUGGCUAAAUUGUCAAGAUUGUGAUAAGACAUCCCAAGGUGUGCGUUGUAAAAUUGAAUUGGAAAAAGUUUGUUAGUGAGACAACCACACAGAACACCUUUUAAGAAGUUGUAUAUAGAACCUUUAUUGCAGAGAUUUACUCAAAUGUUUCGAUGCAACUUGAGUUGUUGGUCUGUGAUGAUUGACAUACAACCAGUAUCAGUAUGGGCAAAAUUAAGUUUAAUUGUACAUGUAAACUGUAUUUUCCUACCAGCAAUUGUUCCUGCUUGGUUAGAUCACGUCGUCUCAUUGGGCUGAUUUUGCUUCACUGUUCAACAAGUAUAGUCUGUGGUGUAUGUAUAAAGUAGCUUGACUUGACUGAAUAUGUAUGCUUUUAAAAGCAUAAAGUACAACACAUUGGAGGUUAACAUUUGGAGUGUAAUAGCAUCAGGACAAUGCUUUUAUACAUGUUACUAUGAGGAAUAUUUUCCCUUAAGGCUUAAAACUGAAAUAUAAAUGGAGUCAUGUUAAAAAAGCUGCUAAUUCUGCCAACUAUUAUACUACUACUUUUUUAUUGUUCUUUUUAGAAAAUGUAAUUUGUUUUAUACAUGUAUGUCUUUGUGUCAGCUUUUUAGUUGAAGCUGGUAAAGGCCUUAGUGUGCUCUUGUGUACAAUAAAUGAGGCACAUUUAGUAUUGUUCUGAUCGAGUGCUUGUUUUGAAUGCUUUAAUGAAGAUCCACAAUGUUUGGACUUUGUUUCAUUUCACAAAUGCCACAUAAGAAAAAUGUAAUUGUUAUUGUGACUGACUGUGUUUAACUCACUUUUCAAAUUUCAUCAUACAUUCACAUUAAA